CAGGUUUUCAGUAGUUCGUAUUUGACCAUCGCAUGAGAUAGUCACGCCGCUACCGCUACGUUAACGCACGCGUAACGUGCACGUACGUCUAUACACAAACACUAACUUUUAACAUAAAUUUAGUGUUGUUGUUCAUUGCUUUGUGUUUAAUUUCAUUGGAUAAAUGACGACAAUAAUCUAGCAAAUACGAUUACUUUAACGAAAACCGAAAGAAAGAUGUGAAAUGUGGGUGUAUAUAAAGUGCGUGUUGAGAGUGCUGUGAUGUUUGCACCCUAGCGUUGCGUCCCCCGGAGUGCAGCCCCAACCCUACAUCACCAUGGCACCGUCGAUGAACCCAUGUCUGUCACUCACGGUGAUAUUGGCAUUUUUUCUUAGGAUCGUCUGUUCUAAUCAAGAUGGUGCAAUACUGGAAGAGACGUCGCCAACCAAGCCUUCGCCUGAACCGGACGAAUCUCUCCUCCUAAACUCCGACGCUUUGCCAUUCUUCUUGGUCGAACCUCAAGACUCUUACGUUGUUAAGAACCGGGCGGCGCUUUUACAGUGUCGCGCCGCGCACACCCUUAAAAUGCACUUUAAGUGUAAUGGUGCUCGAAGUGUUGACACUUUGCAAUCGGACUUUGUAGACCCUCAGACGGGGGUUAGGUUCGUCGAGGCCGAAUUGAACGUUACAAGAAAUAUGGUCGAGGAAUUUUUCGGUAAAGAGAAAUUUAAGUGCGAGUGCUACGCUUGGAGCGGAAGAGGAAGCGUUAAAAGUCAACCUGCGACAGUUGAAGUUGCCUCAAAUCUGGCCGAUACACAAGCAGAUUUAGCCCUUUACAUCGGACUUACGGUUGCAAUAUUUCUUGUGACUUUGUUAUCCUUCUUUCUUGUGAGAUUUUAUCGUAAAAAGGGACAUCAUCAAUCCUUGUAUAAUAUGGCAGCUAACGAAUACCACCCAGAGUUCUUUCCGGAGCACGACAAAAAAUCCCUAUCGCUGCAACCAGAUUUGACGCAGACAGUGCCCCCUUGCUACGAGUACCCCUAUACUACCCCUGCUACCUCAGUUACGCGUUCUGUAUCAGAACAUCAUUACGAUGUACCCCAUUUAACAUCUGCGAGUGAUAUACAGAUGUCACCAGCGACAAGUUCGACGCUGGAGUCGUCGAGUGGGAAAAGGAGCCAAUUGAGUGGUCUCACUAAUAACUCCGAUUCAACCUACGAAGUAGCGACGGAAUCUGUAACGCUACCGCUUCCUGCGUUACCGGCAGCUUACGCCGUCACCCCGGCGACGUCAGGAAACUAUACGAGCGCCACAGUGACGCACAUCGGCGCCUAUCUGAACCUACCCGAAAGCUGCGUCAGUCUCCUAAUCCCAGAUGGCGCCGUUUCAAGAACGCGAAAGCACGACAUAUUUCUGUCAAUACUGAACGAAGACUGUUUUCGACCAAAACUUGCCGAAAAUAUUACGCAACUUAGCCCGGUCGUCUCUUGCGGCCCUAAUAUUACAAUAAACAAGGCUGUCGUAUUAAAGUUACCCCAUUGCGCCGACUUGGCAAUGCACAAUUGGUCAAUUUCGAUCCUCCAAAGUGAUUGCAGUGACUCUCAAUGGCAAACGGCGGUUACGUUGGGACAAGAAACGAUUAAUACUGAAGUCUUCUGUCAAUUAGAUAACGACGCCCUUUAUUUAGUUACCGAUUCCCUUUCGCGAUACGUCGCUGUUGGCCAUUCCGUCAACGGAUUUGCGGUUAAGCGACUGAAGCUCGCAGUAUUCGCCCCUAAGUUAUGUUUUCAAUCCUCAGCCGAUUAUAGUGUGAGAGUGUACGUUCUUGAAGACACGGAUAGCUCGAUGGAGACCGUUUUCGGGCAAGAAAAGAGAUUGGGUGGUUUUCUCAUGGACGAACCGCGCGUUAUUCACCUGCAGGACGGCGGAAAUAAUCUCUGUUUAACUGUGGAGGGCAUAAGCGAGGGUUGGAAGGCGAAACCGAGCUCGGACUACCAAGAAAUUCCCUUCCGCCAUUUGUGGCAAGCCAACAGUAACAGCUUGCACUGUUCCUUCACUCUAGAAGCCUACGAAAUGAACCCCAACUUGAGCUUCACCAUCAUUGUUAACCAAAAGGGCUUUAAUAACCACCAAACCUUUCGUGUGUCCUGUAAGGACGACAACAAUUUCACGCAUAGGACCAGUUCUCCAUUUGUGCCAAAAAUCGUAAUACCGACUGACUCGCCUCGUUCGACCGUCGAAUCGAAUAAGUCGUCCAAGCAUGACGAUCACACGAAUACCCCUAAAAGUGCCAAAAGUUUUAAAUUAGCGACGCAAGACGAUGCGGUUUCGUCGAAGCUAGCGAAAAACUUGAUUCUGACCGACAGAGGCGUUUCAACCUGCGAUGACUUCUCAUUUAGGCUAAACCGGCAGGUGAAGAAGCACAUAUGUCAGUGCUUAGAUCCCCCAAAUGCAAGGGGCAACGACUGGCGCAUGCUGGCGCACGCUUUAUCUGUUGAUAGGUAUAUUAAUUAUUUUGCAACUAAGCCUUCGCCUACUGAAUGUAUAUUAGAUCUAUGGGAGGCGAGGAAUAGGCAGAGUAACGCGUUGACUGAACUGGUUAAAAUUUUUAGGGAUAUGGAGAGAUACGAUGCAGCUUCUAUUUUAGAUAAUAGCUUAGGUCCCAACUGGUUAUAAAUAAUUAUUUUGUGAUUAGCUUGUAAGUGUUUUGUUAUUUGUAUAUAUGCAUAAAAGUAAAAGAGGUACGAGUUGAUGCAGGAUGUUGUUUAACAUGAUGAUGUUUGUUAUAUUUGUAACUCUGUGAUCCACGCCAGAAGAGCAAUUCGAAUGUGAUGUUGCUAAAAAUAUUUAAGGAGAGAAGAUGUUCUAGACUGUUCACUUUCAUCUUAGCACACAACUCACUUUGACCACUGCAUCAUUAUUAUUAUUUUCCCAUGGUCGCCGUUGGCGAUGGAGACGACAGUUAAUUUUGGACGAGUCGCUCUUCUGUAAUGGCCUACAGAGAAGUUAUGUGAAAUUGUUUAAUUUUUGAAUAGGGGACCACGGGACCUUUAGAAAUCGUGCAAUUCGUGGUUUCAAUGGAAACAGGAACACUUGUUAUAUAAGGCACUUAAUAUGCUACUGUAACUAUUGAUGUAUUAUAUAAAAGUAGAAUUAUUAAUGAAGAUGCGGCAUUUAUUAAACGAAAAACCACACGUACUAAAUGUAAAUGUAGAGUUUUAUACAAGAUAAAUCAAAAGUAGUUUUUUUAGAAAUAUAUAUAGACUAUUUGUACAGACUAUAUUAUUAUAUAAGUUGCGAAUAGACGGAGUUUUUACGUUGAAAAUGUACGAUGUAUUUUAGAAAUAUAUUUAAACGUGUAUAUAGUGUCAAACAAAAAAAUACA